GUUUUGACUCUGAUAUGGUGACACUGGUGUUAUCCAUUGGCAGAAGCAAGUCCAUUAGGCAUGUCUCUUUGGGGAAAAACUUCAACAUCAAAUCCAAAGAAGGGCUGGUGGAUGUCCUGCACCGCAUUGUCCAGAUCACCCAAGAAGAUGACUGCACUCUCCAGUCCCUGUCAGUGGCUGAGUCACGCCUCAAGUUGGGAACCAACGUCCUGCUCAGUGCCUUGGGCAGUAACACUAGCCUCAUUGCUCUGGACAUCAGUGGCAAUGCCAUGGGAGACACUGGUGCCAAGAUGCUAGCCAAGGCCCUGCAAAUCAACACAAAGCUCAGGACCGUGAUUUGGGACAGGAACAACACAACUGGCUAUGGACUCCUGGAGGUGGCUCAAGCCUUGGAGAGGAAUUACACCCUCAAGUCCAUGCCCCUGCCAAUGAAUGAUGUGGUGCAGGCAUAUCGGAGCAACCCUGAGAAAACAGAGGAGGCAGUGCACAAGAUCCAGUCCUGCCUGACAAGGAACCAAAUGCGGCGCACGCUGCCCACACAAACCUUCCGGCUGCAGCAGGGGAUACUGACCACCUCUUCUGAACAGAUGGUGAACGAAAUCUGCCUCAGCGUGCAGAAGCAUGUUGACAUCCUGAGCUCCUGCCUGGGCAGGGAGGUGGAGGCCGACAUCCUCUUUGCAGAGGAAGCCAUCAGGAAGGCCAACCUGUCUGUCAGUAUUUUGCCUCUAUUGUAUGAAGCAGGAAACACCCCAUACCAGAAUGGCAAGCUGCAGCAUAAGAUGGAAUGUCUCACGGAGGAAGCGUCACAGGCCUGUGGCCGGGAAAUCCAGGCGAUCAUGCAGGCAGUGCUGGACACAGUCCACAACCUGUGCCCGGCCAUGCUACAGAAGAGAGGAGUCAGGGACCAGCUGGUCAAUGCCAUGUCAGAGCGGAUAUACCUCCAGGACCACCUCAACCUCAGUUCUGUCCUGGACCAGAUGGUGACUGAUGUCUUCAGCAAGCUGAAUGAAAUCAAGCUGUCUGUCACAGCGGCUGUGGCUGACUGCAUUGUGGAUGCUGUGCUGGGAGACCUGACAGUUGCCCAGUGCAGGCUGGCAGAGAGCCUCUCCAAGCACGGGCUGGACCUCCCAUCACUGCAGCUGGAGCCCAUUGAAGAUGAUGCCGCCGUGCCAAUGAGGGGCAGAAAUCCUCUGGAUAUCACUGAGAAAGGCUUUGCUACGGAAGAGUACAAGAUGGCUCUGCGGAGGAAGAACAAGCAUUUCAGGAGCAUUCGGCCCACGCCAACCAUGAGAAGUCUCUCGGAGCUGGAGUUGCAGGCAAGCAGGGACGCAAGCGGGCUCCAAACGCACCGGGCGCCGCUGUCACUCAGCCCUGCCGCGCCGAAGGCACGCCCUGCCUCCACAAAGGAUGCUGAGCCUGCGAGCAGCUUGCUCCCUUGCACGCAGCCUGCAUCCACCGAAUCCCUUAUGGACCUACCGACUGAAGGGGAGAAACUGGAGCAUUGCACCAAAGCUAGGCCCAGGCCCAACCGCAGGCACAAGCAGCCUCCAAGCAAGCCGAAUGUGCAGCCUGUGGCCUGUGAGAACAGUGAGGACAGGAGCAUCACCCGCGUGGAUGAGGGCCUUGAGGACUUCUUCGCCAAGAGGCUCAUCACAGAGGAGCUGCCCCCCACAGCACUGGAGACCUGUCCUGGAUCAACCCUUCUGGCAUCCUCCAGCUCCCGCACCCUCAAGAAGAAAAUUGGGAACUUUUUUGCAUUCAAGAAGCCCAAGUCCAGUCGGGGCUCAAGGUGCGAGAAGGAGCCUGAGGGCAGCGUCACAGCCCCCAAAAGCAGACGGUCGGUGCUCAGUGACAUUUUACGCCCCCCCAGCAAGGCAGGAGAGCCACUGAGCAAGUCUGAGGAGGGGGGCCUCGCUGCUGAGCCCCAGGCAGAUCCCGAGCACAGCCAGACCCCUGACUCUGCCCGCAGGAUCAGGCCCAAGUACUCGCGGGAGGGCAAGUCCCAGUCACUCAUACUUCUGUCUGGGGAGGAGGAGGACACGCUCGGGGUCAGACACGACAAGAAGAAGCACCUGGAGAAGAGUGAAGGGGAGCUGCCCAACUCCUUUGAGCAACGCGUGCACGUCAUGCUCCACCGCAUGGGUGUCACAAAGAGCCUGGCCGCUGAGGGCAAGAAGGAGCAGAACAAAGACAGUGAGAUCAAGAAAGCCGGUUCAGACGGGGACAUUGUGGACAGCUCUGUGGACUCACCACCCCCCUCCCUGAAGGUGCGCACACACUCCAUGUCCACAGAUACGUCCUUACGAAGCAGCAUAGCCAACACGGUAGAGCCCAGCACAGGCCCGGCCACUACCAGGCCAGCCUGGAAAGCCCUGGGGAAGCAACCGAACGCAGAGCUGAAAGGGAAGAGCUCAGAUCUGCCCCGGCACUCCCUUCCCAUCCCCGAACAGAGCGGGCAGCCGGACCCAACAGGCCAGGAGGGUUGGAGCAGCAGCCUGCCGCAGCGCGGGAGGAGCACGCCGACAGCGCUGCUGCGGAGGGUCAGCCAUUGUGGGGAGCCGGGCACCAGCACCACCCCACCAAGCCUGCCAGCACCCCCUGAUGCUGAAGACAUUCGCCUGACGCCACGGCUGGCUGCGUUGAGUGGGACCAGCCGCAGAGCUGUCUCCAUCCACGAGGACCAGCUCAGGGAACCAGACUGCCUGACGGAGCUGGAGAAUUUAAUGAUCCCCCUUCGCCUGCGGCGCUCACCUGUGCUGAAACGGAGGAACAAACGCAACUCCCUUGCAGACCCAGAGGUGACCAGUGAGCCCGGCCCAUCCUUGGACACCACGGAUGCUGUGAUGCAGGACCGGCCCAGCACUGGGGACAUCCCAGAGGAGCUGCAGCCUGGAGCAGAAGCAAAAGGGGAUCAGCCACAAGCCACGGCACAGACUGUUGCCAACGCACAAGAUCCAACCCUAGACCAAAGAAGUCCAGUGCCAGGCCAGGGGGAGCGAGCCCUGGGACAGUGAGCCCCUGCAUGCUGCCGCACUGUUUCCAAUAAAACCCUGCAAGCAAGCGCACAGCGACAGGGUGAUUAGCAACACAGCUUGGGCACAGAGCACAGGGAAAGGGCCCAGAGCACCCCAGACCUGCUCCGCACCUCACUGCCAUGCCAGGUUUGCACGGACACAGCCAAGGGGCCAGCCAGCCUCAUCUUUUCCUCCAGCAGCUGUUACGAAGGCAACACAGCCACCUUUUGCUGCAGGGACAGUCUGUUUGGGGCCUCAUCACAGAGGGGCUGGGGCUGCCAGCCAAGCUGAACCAAGGGCCAAGCCAUGAGCAGUUCCCAGAAGGGCACGGACUUGCAGCUUCUUCUCCUGCCUGCUGCCUGGGGCAGAAUGCAGCCUAAGCAGGGCAGUUUCCCCAGCAGUGGGCCAGGCUUCAGCCCAUCCAAAGGGCAGAUGAACGACACAGCAGGGACAUGCCAAGCAGCAUCACCUUCCCUGGAUUGCCUCUGCUGACACACUCAUGGGCUGUGGAUGGUAACAGGGAAAGCUGACAAUUUUAGAAAUGGAUCGGGGGGUAGAGUAGGCAGCAGUGGUGCACAUAACCCAGCUGUGCAAAUCAGGUGAGACACUGUUAACAGGGUUACUAGGGUCCUGUCAUCAGGUGUACCAGCCUGCCAGCUCCCAGCCUACCUUCCACUCCUCAGCUCACAGGGGUUAACAUUUUCUCCAUCACCUCAAAAUCCAGAUAUGUAUCAGAAUGAACAGGAACCAUCGCAUUUCAAAAUGCAGCUCUAUAGCCACUACUAUGAGCGACCCAGCCUUUUGGAGCACACAGCUAUGUCUGCCUCUCCAUCCCUGCAGCUCUCCAGCUGUCACCAGCAUUACCCCCAAAAGCAUGUGGCUUUCUCCUGUGCCAACUGCGAGCAGAUCACUCCAUUCCACCUCUGGACCAAACGCAUUACUUGCACUGAUGUUUACGACAAAGAAGGAAGAUGCUUGCUUCUCUCCCUCCCCUCCCCCCUUUUUUUUUUAUACAAGAGCUGUGUGUUUAAAAAAUAUAUGCUUUUUAUUUUUAAUUUCCACAGCAUCACCCUGAAGGAUAUUUUGUAACAGCAUGGGACCCUACCCAAACCAAUGAAUAAACUUCCAAACUACCACACUGACUUCAAAACAGGGAUCAGGUUGCAGGGCCUCUAGGCUGCAUCUCUGCUACCACUGUUGCCUAUGCUACAGUGGGAUUAGAACAAGUCCCCUUCCUGCUGGCCAGGCCAGGUCAUUUGCACUAGGCUAUGAUGCCUCCACAAAGGAACAGUGUGCCAAGGAGGUGGAAAAAGGAGGCUAGCUCAUACACAGGCUACGCACUGGGUCACUCACCAGAAGCAUCCCCGCACAGCUCCCUUCCCCCUCUCAACGUGACAGUGCUAGCCUCUAACAGGUCAUGUCCCCAGCUUCUCUGGAGCCAGGGUCUCUGAAGCCAGGCCAACACCAUUCAGCUGUCCCCUUAGGGACACGGUCUCUGGUCAUCUCCCCCCUCCCCCCACAACUGCUCUUCCCAAUGCAGCUCUAAACAGAGUUUGUUCUGAUGAACCAGUAAACAACUAAGAUAAGAGGCCCCUCAUAGCACGCUCAGGCUCCACAAGGUCUUGGCUCAGGACUCCACCUCCCUGUCCAUGAGAAUCCAG